AUGCAGCUACAAACAGUUAUUAUUUGCAGCACCCAGCUGUUCGUACUGGCUGCUGCCACUCUGACAUCCACUCCCACUGUGGCCUGUCCUGGUGACACUGUCACCUUCACCUGCACUCUGCCUGGUAGUCUCAUACGAUGGAAAGUCACUCCUCCAAAAGUUCAAGGACCUUCGUUUAGAUUGACUUUAAUAUUCACCGGUAGUGGAAAUGUCGCUGUGACUGAGGGUAAUCCAGCAUUCCGUGGUGUUCUCACUGAUUCCAGUAGAGGAAUGCUCACUGCCACUCUCACCUCACUGUCUGAGGCCUCCAUUGUAGAAGGUACUAUGGCGUUGUGUGAGGGAGCAAGCUCACAAGAGGGUCCUCUCACUAUCACUGUGGCUGAUUCACCCUCCCCUCCACUGAAUCCAAGGGUGUCCUCCUCAGCCCAAAAUCAACUCAGCUCCUCUAAUAUCAAUCUGGAGUGGGACCUUCCCUCCUCUACUGGUGGUGUGUCUGUCAGCUAUGUCCUCACCAUCUCUCCAACACCUCUCUCCGGGUCACCAGUCACCGUGGAGACCACCUCAGCACAGAUAACUGUCUCCUACAACACUCCCUACAAUGUGACAAUAAGAGCUGUCAACUGUGCUGGAAUGAGUGAUGAUGAUGUGAUGAUUAUGAUUCUUCCUAUUGUUACCUGCCCCUCCAACCCAACACCUGCGAACAGAGUUACCAUCAAUAGUGCUCCGCCACUGCCUGCACUAGUAUAG